CCCCCUCCUCUCUGUCUCUGCCUGUCUCCGCACUGCUGCUGCUGCUGCUGCUGCUGGCCUGUAUCCGCUGUGUGUCACAGGCAGCAUCACAGCAGCAGACAUUUGGCGAAGAAAAAACACGGACUGCGGACGCACUCUUGCGCGCUUGUGCUCCGGCGCGGACGUAUCCGGCGGGACGACGGGAUUGUAUCUGCAUCUGUUUCUAUCUGACGAUCAUUUUCUCGCCUCGACACAGCCCCCCUCCUCCCCUCCCCUCCUACCCUGCCCGUGUGGAUGGUUGACUGCAGAUUUGAUGGUGCUGAGCAGGCUCGUCUGAUUGAAGGCUUGCGGCCAGGGGGCAUCUGUGGGGCCGCGGAGAGAGACGACCCUCUGCCCACCGGUGCGACUGUCCUCUGCCCUGUGAUUGUGAAUGGACUGCGCUUCCAUCCGUGAUUUGCUGCAGUCGCUCUGAGUCAUUUGUGGAAGAAGAUGGCGGACAGGGCUGAGAUGUUUUCCCUUUCCACUUUCCAUUCCCUCUCUCCCCCCGGCUGCAGGCCAGCCCACGACAUCAGCCUGGAGGAGUUUGACGAUGAGGACCUCUCUGAAAUCACAGAUGACUGCGGGAUCGGACUCAACUAUGACUCGGAUCCAUAUGAGAAGGACUCCCUCAUUCUGGAGAAGAACGACAUGCACCACCCGGUCUGCUCCUUCCAGGACGACUUCCAAGAGUUCGAGAUGAUCGAUGAUGAAGACGACGACGACGAGGAGGAAGAGGAAGACGAUGAGGAGGUCGACCCAGAUGCACCUCCGUCACCCUCCGCCUCCCCUCCUCCCUCCCCGACUCUUGGCACUCUAAAGAGCCGACCCACCACGCUGAACCUCACCACUGCUGUGUCGCAGGAUUCUCUGAAUAACAACAGCAGUCUGUCCCCAAAGAAAGGGAGCUGGCAGGACUCAUUACGCAACCCAGCCUCACAGGGCCGUCUGUCUCCAACCCACUCAUGUCUGGAGGAUGGUAGCCAUGUGACAGGCCAUUGUCCAGCCUCUCCAGUUACCCAGGCACCAGGGUCGCAGAGCAAAGGUACUCCACCAAAACAGGCAGGGGAGGGCGGGAACCCACAGUCCCCUCACAGGCCCCUCCUUUGUGACAUGGAGGGCAACAGGCGGGAGAGGCCCGAAUACGGCUCAUUUGGUCAACACAAGUCCCACCCUUGUCCUGGCAACGUCCCUGAGCAAAAGGCAGACCCUUCAAUCCAGACAGCAAGGGUACCCUCCGUCGACGAACACUCCCAGUGUUCAGACACAGAGGUGGACCAUGACCUCAACAGCGGCCACAACCACAAACACUCGAACCGGCUUGCCACAGAUACUUACACAAUCACCAGCGAGUCAGGUAUGGAGCCGGAGAAUGACCUAGACCCAGAUGGAACCAGCCACUGCUUGUCAUCCACUGCGCCCAUGGGAGCCAACGACGGUGCCGACACACCCUUGUCUGAUGAGGAGCUGGAGAAGGACUUUGAAGUGGAGUUCAUGUGUAAGGAGACCUACGAUAUGGUUUGUAAGGAGAAUCAGUCGUCAUACGUGGAAUUCCCCUGCAUUGAGCCCUCCGAGCUCGCCUCCUUCUCCACCUAUGUUUCCUCCAGCCGCUCAGAUGCUUAUGACCACUCCAACAGUUCCAAUGCUCCAGCUUCUUCCAUGGAGGCAGCAGCUAACGACUCCACCUCUCCAUCCUCAGACCCAGGGAUAGCUGAUAUGAACCAGCAGGGUUACAUGACAUCGGACCAGGACAAGGACCUCAGCUCUCCGGGCUCCGACUCUGACAUUGAAGGGGAGCUGGAGGCAGCGUUUGCCUGUGGAGGUCCUGUGGUCUCCAACAUGAUCUCUUCUAUCUCAGAGACAGAGCUCGACCUGACCAGUGAUGACAGUAGCAGCGGUCGCUCAUCUCACCUCACCAACUCCAUUGAGGAGGCCAGCUCGCCUACGUCAGACCAGGAACUGGACCCGGACACUGAGUUAGAGCAGGACAGUGGUAUUGUGGGACUGAAAGCAUCUCUGCUUCUGGGUCAGCCUGACCCAAUCAAAGAAAGGUCUCCUCUACCAUCCCCUUCCCCUCUGCCCUCACCCACUAUUGCCACACCAUCCCCUGUUGACUCCCCCAUCUUACCUCCCGAGGCCUACGAUGACGGUCAAGCUCUGAUGGGGCUGCAGAAUGUGGACGAUGAGCUGUCCUGUGAGCACCAGGCUGACCCAGAUGAGACUCUGCCUCCAGCCCAACGCUGUGAAGACAGCCUGUCAAGACAGAUGGUGCUGCAGAUAGAACCAGACCACAGUCUUGAGAGCUUCAAACGAUCCUUCUACCUGCCAGUGGGACCCAGGCUAAUGCCCAGUUCGGACGAAUAUGAUGGAACCAGUGAGGGAGACUCCGAUUCAGAAAGUGAAGAUGAGCUGAGCGAGAACUCUGACUCACCCUGGCUGCUCAGCAACCUGGUCAACAGGAUGAUCUCGGAGGGUUCGUACCCAAUCAGUUGUCCUGAGGAUUGCUUCAAGAGGAAGGUAUCUGUGUCAGACACCAUCUCACCAUCCUCAGACAUGGGGGAUGGAGAUGGCUUCAAUGAUGAGGACCAAGAGAAUAAAGCUGGAAUGGAGGGAUCAGAGCAAGAGGAGAAGGAAGGCGAAGGUUACAGAAAGGAGCCAGGAGAGAGGAGGAGGUGUGUGGAGUCUUCAAACGAAGUGCAUCUCUAUAUGAACAACCCUACCAGUGACACUGUAACCCCUCUGACUUUGGACGGGAGGGGGACCACAGAUUUCAACUCCUCGUAUACCACUAAAGACUCUGAGAAGAACUUCACAGACAAACCAUCUAAGAAUGCCAAGAGACAGGAGGAAGAUGAGGAGCCCAAUAAUGACUUGAUGAUGCUUGAGGGCAGAAGGGACCUGGACUCACCAAGCCUCACUGAGAGCGUGGUCAGCGACAAGGACGAAGGAAGAGAGACCGAGCCCAGGCCAACGAGCCGUUCCUCAGCUUCUCUGGAGCGUAUCACCGAGGUGAAACACAGCCUGACGCUGGACAUACCCACCGCCCAGACCAACCGCUGCUUCAGCCUCACCUACUCCACAGAUAAUGACGAAGAGGAAGACGAUGGGGACUCUUACCCAUUCCUGGGUGGCUUAAGGAAGGAGUCAUACAGGGGUAGCGAUUUAGAGCUGGACAGUUCACCGCCCAUUGAUUCCAGUGUGCAAGACCGUCCCUUAUCUGACCAUGACCUCCCACUGUGUGAGAAAGAGUUGGCUCUGAGGCAACCAAAUGAAGAUGAUGGACUGGCCUAUGACUCCAUGAAGUACACGCUAGUGGUGGAUGAGAAUACUACACUUGAACUCGUCAGCCUAAGAAGGUGCACUUCCGUUCUGAGCGACGACAGUGAGCUCUCCACGCUUUGUGACGAGGAGCCUUUGGAGACGGGAGAGGUGGGCUAUGGUCGCGAUGAGGAUGAGGUGAGGCCAGAACUUCUCAGUUCUUCUGAGGACUCGUCCCCUGAGGCUGACCUCCCAUUCUCCAAGAAGUUCCUCAAUGUGUUCGUCAACAGCACCUCUCGCUCUUCCAGCACAGAAUCCUUUGGGCUUUUCUCCUGUACCAUCAACGGAGAGGAGAGGGACCAGACACACAGGGCAGUCUACCGGUUCAUUCCCAGACAUGCAGACGAGCUGGAGCUCGAUGUGGACGACCCUUUAUAUGUGGAGGAAGAAGAGGACGACUACUGGUACCGAGGCUAUAACAUGCGGACAGGGGAGAGGGGCAUCUUUCCUGCCUUCUACGCCCACGAGGUCAUAGGCCAGUCCAAGGAGUUGAUGGGCAUGAAAAGAAACCCAGCGUGGAUCGAGACUUUCAGCGUCCAGUUUCUGGGGUCUGUUGAGGUACCGUAUCACCAAGGCAACGGCAUUCUCUGCGCUGCCAUGCAGAAGAUCGCGAUAUCGAGGAAACGGACGGUACAUGUGCGACCUCCUUCUCUGUGUGAGUUGGAGAUUAGCUUGCAAGGAGUGAAACUGAUCAUGAGCCUGGAGGAUGAAUUCGACACCCUCGAUGAGUACGACAGAUGUAGUCACUUCUUCCAGAUGAAGAACAUCUCCUUCUGCGGCUGCCAUCCGAGGAACAACUGCUACUUUGGCUUCAUCACUAAGCAUCCGAUGCUGAACAGAUUUGCUUGUCACGUGUUUGUAUCCCAGGAGUCCAUGCGACCUGUAGCAGAGUGUGUUGGACGAGCCUUCCAGGAGUACUACCAGGAACAUCUGGAGUACGCCUGCCCCACUGAGGACAUCUACCUGGAGUAAGAAGUGUUGCCAUGACGACCACCUUCUCUCUCCACAGCUUGUGUAUGUUCAUCGAGUUUGCCACCAGAGGGCGCUGCCAGUGGGGGUCUUCUCUCCAUUGUAAAAAUACUCUUCUGUGUCCCUCUAAAACUGGGAUGUUCAUUUCUACAGUAUGCUAGACAUUUGACUGAUUUCAUCCAUCUCUCUCUCUCUCUCGCUCUCUCUCGGUUUAUUUCCAUCAGUCUCGAUGGAUCGAUUGCCUGUUUCUUUUAUCUUUUUUCUAUGAUAUGAAAACUAAGACGCUGAGCACCUGUUUAUUUAAAGGUUCCUCUUUUGAAAUGAAAAAAAAACAAAACAAAUAUACCUACUACUGCUGUUUCACUUUUCAAUGCAUGGCUAGUAGGGUUACUGCACACAGACACACAGAGAAACACACAUAUCCAAGUGAAUGGCAAGCAGCUCAACAAUCAGCAAGGGAACGGUGUGGAAUCACGAGGUCCGGCGUUUGAUUAACUGUAAAUAUGUAUUUGUUCAAUAUCGACAAAACUGCUCAUUUGAUUUCUACUGAUAGUGACAUUGGAGCAAAAUAGAGAGAGUACAGUGAACUGUCCUUGGUCCGAGCUUACCCCUGUGUCGCGUACAAGACGUAGUGUGUGUUGUAAAUAAAUGUAUAGAAAGUAGACAUACAGGCGCCUCAUCCAGACUAAUUAAGAAACACUCACAGCUGAGACUGAUGGAGGGGACUUUGUGUAUUACUGACCCACUCUGACGGGAGUUAACUGCAGGUAAAGGAGAUGUUAGAGCUGUAACGACUCGGAAUGAACUUUGAAUGUCAUUAAAGGCCCUGCAGAUAUUUUAAUUCAGCUUGGAUUAUGUGCCGUAACUUGUCAGCACAUUUGGAUGAAACGACGAGAAAAAAAAAACCCAUUUUACUUCCGUCCUGUCCUCAAAGUUGCACUGCUUGCUGUCCGUCACCGUGGGGAGCUUUCCAUACAAACUCACUCAACUGUUUCAAAAAGAAAAGAAAAAAAAUCACAGAUCACUGUACGCUUUGCUGUGAUUGGUGUGACUUUCAGGUCAAAGAAUGCAAAAGGCCCUCUGAAAAGCCAUAUUCUCACACCUCUGACUGUUUAACUGGUUUUCAGUGACGUCCUAGUCUCCAUUUUCUUUUGACUUGGCGGUUUCAACGAUGGAAAAAGGAACGACUAGAUUUGAGCGCGAGCCACACGUCAGGAAUUCUGUAUUGCAGUGUGCCUACUGUACAGUGAGAGCGUCCUGCUAACACUUCGGUCCCGGUAUCACAAUGUAAUCAAACCUUUAAUAAAGCAUUCAAAGGGAGGUUUUAUAGUAAUGUAAAUGGUUAGACUUGAAUCUUGUUUUUUAAGUACGGUGGAUAAAAAGGGACGGCCACGUGUUCCCACGUUUGUCUGGUCAAAAAGGUCAAAGCAUCACUCGCACAUCACACAAUAACCUGCUGGGGUUUCUGUAGCGUACAAUAGCUAACAGUCGAGCACCUUAUAUGAAGAAAAUGAUGUGGUCACUACAGCCAUCUGAACUUUUUCAGGCAUCUCCAUGUUCUUUCAGACACUGUUUAGCAUCUCGUUCUGCUGCUUUCAGUCACAGUCCGCCAGAACCGACACCUCAGAUCUGCAGGAUCUCAGUUUCACACUGAAAGCUACACGUGGCAGGAGAAAAGUAGGGUGUUAUCUACAUAUGUAUCGCUGUCAGUUAGAUCAUGUAUAUACAAUAGCGAAUCUAAGAUAGUGCUGUGUCCUUUAUGUUGAGUAUGUUAUGAAAUGAAAAUGAAUAUGUACAUUAAUUAAAAAGACGUUUAAACAAAAAAAAAAACGAGAAGAAGAAGAAGAUCACAACCAGACGAAAACCCCCCCGUGAUGGAAAAAGAAAAAAAAACACGUAAAAUAUCUGUGAUCUGCAAUAAUUUUAUUUCGGUGUCUUAUGUUUCUACACACGAUGUGUUAUCUCCGUCACUCGGGUGGCAUUUGGGUUCCUGCCAACUCCAUAACUCUCUACAGACAGGCUUCAGCAGCACAUUUAGGGCACAUUUGUAAGAUGUGACAUCAUGAAGUGUGUGACACAUCCACCAGACUAAUGACCAAUCUGCUGUUAGAGCUGAAUAGUGACUGAGUCAGCCGCCACUGGAAAAACUACUUUUUUGCGUCUUGCCGAUUAUAGUAAUCGCCUCCGAGCUCCAACAGUGUGACCCAUCUCUGAUCUGUAUCUAUUUGCUUCUGACUUAUGUUUUUCUAUCUUGUUACAGCCUAGUUAAAAAAACAAAACAAAAAAAAAACCCCUUCUCUCCACACAGCUACACAAAAACAACCUCUGAGGAUGAUCUAGUCCCAUAUAGCCGCUGAGACAGUUAAACCAAACUUUUGACUUUAUUACAUUAACAAGAUUCUUCACUGUAUACCUAGAGCAAAACAGUAUGUGACAGAACAAACAUAUCCUAUCUUGUAUCUUUAAAAACGAGGACUUGUAAAAUUCCAGGGAAAAACUGAUUAAGAAAAAAAAAAAAAAAAAGACAAAAAAAUCACUCUGCCUUGUCAUGGGUUUGGUCUUAUGAAUAAAAUAUAUGCUUGAUGUCCGAAA